AUGUUAGGUCGACUUUUGAGUACAGCGGCUUCCAGCCUGAACCCCGCUGCCUACUCAUCUCGGAACCAGGGCACCCCUCUCGAAUCUGUGACCGAGGAGGAGCAUACGUCUGGCCUUCUCUUCCCCGAUGCCAGCCUCCUCCGCCGUUCAAAUACCCAUGCAUACCCGUUACAAACCACCUUUAAUUCCCCUAAUGCCUCCAUAGCUGGGGCAUACGACGACCGUGGGGGGCUUGAGUUGGACGCAAAUAAAGACUUCCGCGUGGUCGUGGCUCAAAAUGCUCUUGGUGAUCGAGAUGCUUGUAUUUUGCUCGACACUCGUUCCUCCGCCGAGUCAACCCCUACUGGCCUCGGGAUCGAUCCACAGGGCUUGGAGCCUUCUGGUACUCGACAUGCACGAACCGUUUCCAGCCUCUCGCGUAACCCGCGGCGAAACCUUCUCACCCAGUCCUCUGUUGUUGAAUCCAGCCCCCUUUCAGCAACUGCAGAUCCACGCAGAUCAACACCGGCCAGUCCUGGCGCCUUCUCACGAGCACGAGGCCGCAGCUCUACCCUAGCACAAGGGGGUGGGCCACAUGACUCUGCCCAUUCACGUUAUGGAGUUGACUCUAAUGACAUCGGCCUUCUUAAUUGUAUUUUCGGAAGUGCCGCCUUCAGCUAUCGUGGCUCGUCAACAAAGAUGCAUAUUAUAUCCGCCGAUGAUGAGCCACAAACUAUAGCAAGUGCCUCCUCUCCUGCUGGCCGCAGUCCGCUUGCUCGUGCCUACACCGCUGGCGAUUCUUCGAAUAAUUUUGGGACAUCUAGAGGACGGGACAAGCCGCCAUCGAAAGUUACAGUUCUUUUGACUCGCAUGUUCAGUGUUAACCUUCCAGAGGGCCCUGAAGCAUCUGCUGAUAAGACUGAAUACGCAAAUGCUUUAUACCACCAAGAGUCUUUACCUGAAAUGGGAUUUCCCUUCCCAGAUGUCUCAAAGCGGAAGAAGAUUAAGGAGAAGAAAACGCCCAUGUACGCUGUGGCUAUCACGGUCCAGAUUCCUUUGAUUGCUCGCAACACUCCUCGUCCAGUCUCGCGCUUCAGCACGCUUAUCAUCGGCAUCCCCCCUGCAAGCUUGGAUGAACGUCUAGACCUCCUUGUCGACCACUGGGAUGUCAUCACAAGAACCCUUUCUCACCUCGAGCGACUGGCUCGUAAUGAGAUUAUCUUCCUACUGAGAAAGGUUGAUUCGUACUCUGGGCCUCACCCAAAGCCCGCGAAGCCUCCAAAUAUGCAGCGGACCAACCAGACCAUUGUUCAUCUGCCUGCAAAUGUCUUGUCUUUGAAUACCAAACUCACUGAGGAAGCGCUUCGUAGCAGCCGACGAAUCAGCUUGGCUCUCCAAACGCCAUAUGUUGUCACUGGACAGAGUCGCUGGGGGGUGUGGCGAGAAGAAGGUCGCUUUAUUGUUCGGGGCCUUGGUGACAAAGAACAGAAUUUUUUCUUCUUAGUACUGCUCACAGCCUUUCUUGGAAAUCACACGGAGUGGCUCAAUGUCCUUGGACCGGAAUGGUACCGGCGACGUCACAAUCAGCAGCAGAAAGCUCAGCAAGAUACUGAACCUACCCUCACGAACCGCACAGUUGUUGUCUGUCCGGACAAAAUGACUGCCCGUCGAUUGAUUUUCCUGCUUUCUGCGUUUCUCCCAUCUAAACAACGAAUCGAACCGCUACCUUCACCCCUUCGACCUGGCACUUCAACAUCCGUACGGGGCGUCUCCCAAAGCCCACCAACCGUUCCAGUACUUCGGCAAGAGUCUCUAAGACGAGCCAUCGAGCGCCGUGCGCGUGCUCAACGCAUGGAGUCCAGCAACUCACACCGACGCUCAACUAGUGUUUCAUCACAAGAAACUACCCACCGGUCAUCUGAUGCUCUUGAUCAAUUACCAUCUGGGGAGUUCACUUCGGCCCGUAGAGGAUCCGAUGCUCGCUCAAUCAAGACUUUGAGUGCUACAAUACAGCCACGAGACUCCCGAGCGAAUGCAACAAGUGGCGCAACUACUUCCAUGACGACUCAGAGCAGCACCGUUCCUGUUCCACACUUUACUUCGCAGCAAAGUCGAUCCAGUCAAGGUGGAUCUGAUGGUAGUGGAGUAGAUGGGAGCGAGAGUCUAGCAUCGGAAACGCUGCUCAAAAAUCUUCAAAGAAGUGACAGCUCUAUCUCAGCCACUAAUGGAAGCCUUCCAUCAGCGGGAGGUCGAUGGAGUGGCAUAUUUUCAGGAUUUUGGAAUCCUCGUCAGGAGUUCCCCAAUGACAAUGCAAUGUACCCGUCUUCAGAUGCACGCAAGCGGUCGGUUUCCACAAUCGCUGGCCCGCCUGUGCGUGGUCCUCCUACUUUGAGACAGAUGGUAAAAGAAGCCACUGAAGACGAACAAGAGAGUCCACAUGGUGCACCAAGCGGGAAAAUUUCGAUCCCCAGUGCGACUAAUGCUGCACCUGACAGCCCGCAAGACGACUCUACGGAACCCUCAUCUCUCACAAGCCAGAUUCGCGAAUCACCUCUAAAGCUGUCUGUUAGAGCAGAUGAGGGUGUGGUAGAUGUGGAUGUUCCGUUGCCUGGCUUUCUUUCCCUUUCCUCCUCGGGCGAUUCAACCGUCGCUUCGCCCAAAAAGACCAGAACCUCGGUCACAAGUAUUGAUGCCAUGGCAUCAACGCACAGCAGCGGCUCUGGAUUCUAUGGUGCUACCAAAGAUAAUGAUAGCCCGAGCAGCCACGUUGCUGGAUGGUUGAAGAACUUCCACGAAGACUUCUCAUUGCAGGCAGUUCGGCCAUACGAAGCCCUUGAAAAAGAUAUCAAGCGUGCCAUGUCCGCCGAGCCUACCCCUUACAUUACUACCACCCCUGAUGCAGAAGGCUCUGAGAGAUGGGUGGAUAUUGCAACCACCUUGAUCGCAGACACAAGGACUUCUACUGUCAAGCGUCUCCGUUUGAAGCGCAAAGUUAUUAUUGGUCAUCAUGGUGGACUGAAUCAAUCUCCUCCAUCACCUGGUGGCCCGUUGAACAACACUCGUCGGUCCAGUGAAACGCGCUCACCAAGCAUCACUCAAUUAUUCCUCGGAAGUGGGAGGUCUUCUGAAGCUCCCCCAGCCGAAGACAGCUUUUCGCAUGCCGUUGAAGAAAAGUUUAUCGAGGAGCCUGUGAUGGACCUCGACGGGAUCCUUGUUGAUGCCGUUGAGCGAGUCUUGGGACAAAGUGGCCAUUCAUCUCUCGCUCAUUCACGUGCUCCAUCCCCCACACGAAAUCGGAAGGCGGAAGACAAAGGACAGACCACUCCUCGAGGAGAAGACCCCCCUUCUAUUGAAGUCCCCCGCGCUGAGUGCCGCAAAAUGGUACUUGGUGCUCUUGAAGAAGUCGUACGCAGUGUCACCGCAGAGCACUGUCGCGAAGAUGUUGACAGCGAAGCCGGGCUGGCUGAUAGAGAGCGUAGGAGGGCAAUGGCUGGUGCUGACAACACUCUGCGACAAGGCAUCCGCAAGUGGCUUCUUGAUGUCGAGGAGGCCUGGUGA